AUGGUUUCCAAACCGAUAGUAUUGCUGUGCUGCUUUUUGGCGUCAGUGCUUGCUGUGCCUGUGGAGAAGUACUCAGAUAGGUUUGACUAUAUCAACCUUCAAGAAAUCCUGGAUAACCCGAAGCUGCUUAGAGGGUAUAGCAACUGUGCCCUUGAAAAGGGCCCGUGCACUCCUGAAGGCAAGGAACUGAAGGAACAUAUUCAAGACGCCCUCGAGACCGGCUGCGAAAAGUGUACUAAAACUCAGUUAAACGGAGCUACUACCGUGAUUGAUCAUUUGAUUAAAAACAACCGUGAAAUUUGGAAGGAAUUGACCAGCAAAUAUGACCCUGAAGGUGUCUGGAGGAAGAAAUAUGAAGACCGUGCGAGAGAAAAGGGUAUUGUUAUCCCUGAAGAC